AUGACCUUGCUCGCCGGUCGAGGUCUGCGAGCAGCAGCAACCGCCACUCGAAGUGUGUCUGCAAAGUCGUUUGCACCCGCUGCUACCGCUCUCGUCUCGUCGCGAUCCCUUAUUGUUCCCUCUCGACCCGUCCUUGUCGGUCAAGACGGUGAGGGUGCAGCUGCCAACCAGCAAUCCGAACAAGAUGGUUCACCGCAACCCAAGCAAAGCCUUCUCAAAUCCUUGCUCCAUGGCUCUGAGAAAGCCAAAGCUGAGGGCGUCACCACCCAGUCUCACUCCAACCAGGUCGCUCGUGGCAAGUACAUUCACGAGAUCCAGCGACAAUCUGUCUCUCCCGCGCAUGCCGAAGAAUACUGCACGCUUAUCCGUGAAUACUUGCCAAAGCUCGCCGAAAAGGGUCUCCCUAUGCGUCUCACUGGCAGUUGGGAAGUGAUCGUCGGUGAUCUGGAGACCUUCUAUCACAUCUGGGAGUACGAUGGCUAUGCAGGCUACGACAAAGCUGAAUCCGCUCUCCGCUCCGACCCGGAUUUCCAGGAACUCACUCGUCGUCUCCGACCUCUGCUUUGCAACCGAUCCAACUGGCUCACUCAAGAAUUCUCCUUCUGGCCUUCUUCCCCACCGGUCACGACAAAUGGCCUUUACGAGCUUCGAACAUACCAUCUCAAGCCAGGACACUUGCUCGAGUGGGAGCAGCACUGGAGACGCGGUCUGGAGGCAAGGAGGCAGUUCGUUGAGCCCAUCGGUGCUUGGUUCACUCAAAUCGGUGGCUUGCACACUGUUUUCCACAUCUGGGAAUACCCCAGUCUGGAGGAGAGGAAGAAGACGAGGGAUAUGGCUUGGAAAGUUGAGACAUGGAAUGAUACUGUCAGUCAGACUGUCAAAUUGAUCGACAAAAUGCACGCUCAGAUUAUGAGGCCAUUGCCUUUCAGUCCGCUCAAGUGA